AUGGAGAAGCUAUCAACAGAGAUUAAUCUAUGGUUCUUCAUCCUCCUCUCUUGUUCCCGCAAACUCUCCUCAAAACUCCUAUCUUUUCCUUCAAAGAAAGCAGAGUCUGAAACAGAGGAUCAAGCCAGCAUUAGCAUGCAGGAAAUUAACAAUGUCAUGAAAAAUAUUGGACUUCCUUUCCAUGAUAAUGAGUUCAUGAAGAAGACGGUAUGUAAGACAGAAGAAAUUACUGCUCUGUUUCAGGAUCAAGAACCGAGCUUGGAUGAAGCAAAGGAAGCCUUUGCAGUUUUUGAUGAGAAUGGCGAUGUCCAUGUGGAUGCAGAGGAGUUGCAGAGAGUUCUUUAUAAUUUGGGAUUUGGAGGGGAAGGCGAAGCAGGAUUUGAGUUGGAUUCAUGUAAGAAGAUGAUUGCAUUGUAUGAUGAAGAUGGAGAUGGGCUCAUUGGGUUCGAUGAUUUUGUCAAGUUGGUUGAGGGCAGCUUUUGCUGA